UACUCACCCAGUGUACAACCCUUCAUAAGAUUUUUGUGCGUAGCAAUGGUUAGCAUACUAGGCAACCUUUUACUCAGUGCUCAUGGAGUCAGCCUAGCUGCAGCAAGAGACAUGUGGGUUUCGUUUUCAGACGAAGCCUGCGCUGGCUUGACGACUCAGAUAGAGGUUCUUGCUGAUUUUGUCAGAUAUUGCAGCUCGAUGAACGCAGGCGUCGCCGUUUCUGCGUUUGGGAACCUUCAUGGCCUGUUCUGUUCGAAGGAUGACAUACACGUUGUUGUCCAAAAUCUAGGACUGUCCCAGAGUCAGACGCGUACUGUGCUGAAGGGAUAUUUUUCAGCCUGGAAGUUGCUCGAACAGGGCCAGCAGCUUCCUGCCAUUCCAUGUCCUGCGCUAUUUGCAGAUCCCAUGGCAAUAUGCCUGGUUCCGAGAUACAUGUCGUGCUCAACAGUUGCAGUGCCGUUGGUUGCACUGAUCCAGAUAAUGCAUCUGGCUGUCUUGUAUAAGACAUUGCGCAUUAACCCCGGCGAGCUUGUGCGGUUGUUCAAAGGAGCAAUCGGCCAUAGCCAAGGCCUCAUAAUCGCUGCGCUGUUUGCAACAGCGACAGAUGAAGCGUCAUUCUAUGCCAGCGCAGAGAAGGGAUUGGGUAUCCUGACGGUUUCUUCAGCAGGGUCGUAUAUUGAUUAUCCGCCUAGCAUAUUGGGCGAUAGUGUGCUCGAUGACGCCCUUGCUAAUGGAGAGCAGCCGUCACCAAUGGUCUCAAUUCGCGGACUGGCCAAGCCAUAUGUCGAGCAGCUUAUCCACCGGUUUAAUCAGUGUAAUUCGUCUCCGAUCGACCAUGUGCAUAUUGCAUUGAUCAACAACCGCACCCAUGUUGUGGUUGGCGGGGUACUAGAGUCGGUUAUCUGCUUUGUCAAGUUCAUUCGGGAGGUCUGCAAGUCGCCUAAAGAAGAUCAGUCGCACAUUCCAGUCUCGCAGCGCAAACCAGUUGCCAUGGUCGACUAUCUGGCAUCCAGCGUUAUCUGCCACAGUCCGCUUAUGCGCAGCGUUGCCAAAUGGGUCUACCCGUAUGUCGUUAGUAAGGGGUUCCUGUUAGAGGCAUCAGGUAUGCAGAUACCUGUUAGUGCUGGUCACGAUGGGCAUGACCUCCGCAACGAGGAAAGCCUGACCAAGGCUCUAGUAGACAGCAUGGGCGAGUACACCGUCGACUGGCCAGUUGUAGUAAAGGGCGUCAAUGCCACACACAUUGUCGACUUCAGCCCGGGAGGGUUCAGCAUCUUUGCCCUGCUCACUCGCAGUAUACUGGAAGGCAGCGGGACGACUGUUAUCUGUCCACCAAUUGGUUCCAAGGCGGAUUUGUACCAGUCCAAUAUGGGAUCGAUUGUCAAAGCACCAAACUUUGCGCUUUCGUUUGGGCCGCGCCUUGUUAGGACAGCCCACGAUGCCCAAGUACAUAUUGACACACCAAUGUUCCGUGUACUCGGGCAGCCACCAGGUGAUGGUGUCAGCCAUGAUCACCUACCUGCCGAAAGUACCAAAUUUGUCGCUGCGAUCAACAGGGCAGGAUAUCAUGCAGAGCUUACUGUGUCGUGCAGGGAGACCGCGCUCCAGCUCCGCGAAAAGGUCAGCGACCUCCUCCAGCGUGUGGAGCCAGGCCAGCUUGUAACCAUCUGCCUUAACCACACAAUUCAGCGCCACUGGACCGAGUUGUUUCCAGCGAUUCUGAGAAUGCGCCAUGAGGGUAUUCCAAUUGGUGGCCUGAGCAUUUCUGGUGGUAUUCCGCCACUCAAGGUGGCUAUUGAUCUCGUUGCGCGCUUCCAUGAUGCAGGCAUUGCUCAUGCAGCACUUAGACCAUCGACUAUCGCCGAUAUCCGCACAGUGCUUGCAAUUGCCAAAUCUAGGAGCGAGUAUCCGAUCUCGAUGCUAUGGGCUGGCGGCAGAUGUGGCGGCUACCACUCUUGGGAGGAUUUCCACCAGCCCAUUUUGGAGAUGUACGGCCAAAUAAGGUCGCAGAAAAACAUCGUGCUUAUUGCGGCUUCAGGCAUCGGCAACUGGGAGAGUGCGCUUCCAUACAUUUCGGGCGAGUGGAGCCGAGUAUUCGGCCGAUUCCCGAUGCCAUUUGAUGGUAUUGCUCUUGGAUCACGCCUUAUGAACGGGGCUGUUAAAGAGCUCAUUGUUGCUGUGCCUGGGGUGGCGGACAGUGAAUGGGACAGUUCAUGUACCUGCACUGCUGGAGGUGUUAUCUCGAUAGUCUCAGAGAGCGGGACCCCAAUGCAUGUGCUUGCAACGCGCGCAGCCGUGUUGAUCAAAGACCUGCAGACAGGCAUAUUCUCGUUACCUGUUGAUAGCCAGCUGGAGCUGAUCAGGGAGAAGCGAGAACAUAUCAUCCAACGCUUGAAUUCGGACUAUUUGAAGCCUUGGUUUGGCUGUAGAGCCGAUAGCCCCAUUUCCGAACUCGAGGAUAUGGCGUAUUCGGAGGUUGUCCGUCGCAUGGUUGAUCUGAUGUUUGACCAAGGGCAGUCGCGAUGGGUGCAUGAAUCGUUUCGUAGUCUGGUUGCCAAAUUCAUUCGCCGCAUUGAAGACCGCUUCUCGGGAACUGCACGAGAAUGUGUACUUGUCAGCAUUGGCGAACUGAUAGAUCCGCUGGACCUGAUAAGCGAUAUUGAAAGGGCAUAUCCUGACAUGGUGGACCAGCUGCUGACAUCGGAGGAUAUUAUUUUCUUUUUGGAGCUCUGCAAACAAGCAGACCCCAUGCCUGUGCCGUUUGUUCCACACCUUGAUUCCGUUAUUGGAAACGAUCCACAAAAAGUGAUUGUGUGCCAAGGUCCCGUGUCUGCUCAGUACUCGACCAUUAUCAACGAGCCAGUUCAGGUUAUCCUUGAUGACAUUUACCAUAGUCUUGUCAGCGCCCUUGUUGAUGGACAAUAUGCUGGAAACGAGUCCAUUAUCCCUGUUACCGAUUAUAUAGGGGCUGAGGAGACAGAAUGUCCUGCUCUGCCAUCCGUCAAUCAGAGCACUAGGCUACUUCCAGGUCACGAUCAGUGGUUAGAGCGUUGUCUCCUUUCUUCACCGCAUAUUCUCCAGCGCCAGAACCUAGUUAGCAAUGGCGUCAGGCAACUGCUGUGUCCCUCAGUUGGUCAAACUGUGGUAGUAUCUGAAAAGGAGGAUGUGCCAGAUCGGAUGACGGUGUUUAGCAUUGAUGGGCAGCCGGACGUCAUUGCCAAAAUCGAUGAGCGCUGCAUAAUCAAUAUCGCGAUAAACGGAUAUGAGCCCUCAAACAUGGCAGCCCCUAUCAUUGAGAUAAUGGAGGACCGGGAUGAGCGAAUUGCUGAAAUUAUUCCUGAGGAGAAUGCGCAAAACAUUCGUGCCAUCAACCCUGCAGAUUUAUCUGUUGGGUUUGAAGGUGAUGCAUAUAUGGUGACGAGCGAGGCUGUUCAGAGCCUGUGUGAAAGUGUCGGAAGCACAUCUCACCGUUCUAGGCUUUUCUCUAGACACCAGGUGCCUAUUGAUCUGCUAUACACCAUUUUCCAGCCAUACGUAGGCCGCAAUUGGGAAAGGCAUAUCCACAUAGGUGACGUUAUUAAUACUGUGGUCAGACCAGUGGCCAUUAUGAACUCGAGCAUGGGCAGUAUUGCUAAAUUCCGUGCAACGUUCUCCAGACACUCUGUCCCUUUUGCAAUCAUGGAUUGCGAGUAUGUUUGCAGAGGCCAGCCGCGAUAUCAUAUCGUCAUGGAGCGUGGUUUGUGUAUCGCGAAACUAACGACUGGGAAAUCAAUCACUUUGGGGUCGCGAUUAUACUUUGACCUUAAAUCACAAUACCGCUACACGUCAACGGAGAUAUAUUCUAGUGUCGUAACUUGCGGCCCAGUCUACCUCACCCUCUCAAGUUUCGAGCAUGUUCAUAUUGCUGAUAUAGACUAUGCCACUGGUAACUGCGAAGGAAAUCCGGUGAUAGCCUAUCUUGACCAGCACAGUGCAGGCCCGAAGGCACAGCAUCGGGCUUCAAAUGGAACCAUGGAUGUGACAGCGCCUAGUGAUAACUGGAAAUACUCGCAGGCCUCUGGUGAUUACACCGCUAUCCAUAACAAUGCUUACAUUGCAAAAUACGUUGGACUGCCAUCCGUCAUUACUCAUGGAAUGUGGACUGCGGGUUCAACCAGAGCACUGGUAGAACAUCCACAGCGGAUGCGUUCAUAUGCCGUUGAUUUUGUCGAUGCUGUUAUGCCCGGUGAUUGCCUCACGACGACUAUGCACCAUGUGGGAAUGGCCAAUGGUUUAAUGCUAGUCGAAGGUGAAACUUCAUUGCGCUUCUCUGCCAAAAUCGAACAGCCCAACACAGCAUACUUUAUUGGGAUGGGAGCAGAGUUAUAUAGCUCAUCAGCAGCAGCGAAGAGUGUGUGGGAUCGCGCAGACAAACACAUGUUCGAUAAAUAUGGUGUGUCUCUUCUCACGAUUGUUCGGAGUAAUCCCAAAGCCUAUCGGGUGAAAUUUGACGGGAAGUUAGGUGCCAAGAUACGAGCAAACUAUUUGUCGCUUGUUAGACACGAUGGCGGAUAUGCAGCAUGUCUAUUCCCUGGAAUAAGCGAAGCGUCGGCUAGCUAUACCCACCGGUGCGCAAAUGGCUUGCUGAACGCGGCACUCUUUACGCAGCCCAUACAGACAGUAAUGUCUAUCGCACAGGGGCUGAUUCAAAAAGGCGCAGCUUUUGCAGGCCAUUCAUUAGGGGAGUUUGGGUCUCUAGCUGCAAUCGCCGAAAUCGUGUCUAUCGAAGAUGCAGUGGAUAUCGCACUUUAUCGUGGGCUUUUGUUACAUUCGUCGGUGGCACGAGAUAGCAAUGGGCUCUCAGAGUACGCAAUGGUGUCGGUUAAUCCGAAAUGCGUUGGAGAUAUGUUUGACGAGUCUGUCUUGCUAAGAAUCCAGCUGCUUGAGGUCAUCAACUAUAACGUUCGCAUGAGCCAGUAUGUGGUUACUGGGCACGUUUCGUCUCUAAAGAUCAUGGGGGAGAUUCCAGACAGCAGGUAUAUCCACGCGCUGAUAGCUUGUGCCGAUGGUCGAAUUGAGGAAUCACCAACUCUCAAAAAUGGUACUGCCACCACAGUUGUUCCUGGUGUUGAUGUUCCAUCUCACUCCUUCCGCCAAUCACUUGCCAGUAAGAUAUCCAAAUCCUCUAUCAGCUACGACAGGCUACACAAAAGAUACAUCCCCAAUUUGACUGGCUUGCCUUUCGAGCUCUCCAAGGGGAUAUUUGGAGACUUUGCGCGAAUGCUGGAAUCAUGGGAAAACUAUAGUUCAGAGAAAGUCCAGAUGCAAGACAGCUAUGCACGCACACUGGUUAUCGAAUUGCUAGCAUACCAGAUUGCAUCACCAGUGCAGUGGGUUGGUACUCAAGCAACCUUAUUCCAUUUAUGUGGGACGCUUGCAGCUGGGGCGGUCAAGACCCACAAUGUUACGGUACUGCAUGUCCUCACCAAUCCAGAUGCCGUGUACUAUAAAGAUAUCUCUACAACACCUAAUCCUCUGGGCCAAACAGCCUCUGAAUCUGUCGGAUUAGCUCAGCAAAAUCCGACUGCCGAAUAUCCCGUACAAAUGGUCGACGUGUUGUUGCUUGAGAUUCCAAAAACAAAGUCCAUCAAAGAGCUUGUUGCUGGAAAGUCUACACCAGGUCUCCAGAAGGAGCUUGGAAAGCCCAUUCCCGAUAAUGGCGAGGAUAUUCCACUUCAUGUCCUUGCAAAGAAGCUAGGGACAUAUAGUGGGAGCUUGGGUCGAUACACAAUGGCAAUGUUUUCACGACUUGUUAGUACGAAGUUCCCAGGGAGCAUUUCCCAGUCUGCUGUUCGGCAUCAUCUGAAGUCAGCGUAUGGGCUAGGCACACUUCGCCAAAAUGGAAGCCAGCAGAAACGCCUUCCUGACGAUGAGGCAGCAUAUAAGUGGCUCGACAGUGUUGCGCAAGUGUACGCACAAGUGGAGGGGAUUACAUUCAAUACCACAAACCCCAAUAGUGCUGCAGGCGCUAAUGGUUCACCAGUUAGCAAUGCCGCUGUUAUUGAGAAGGUAGAGAGCAACCAGCGAGUCCGAUCGUUGGAGCAUUCUGAGACUAGGGUUAAUGAGCUGGAGACACAACUGGGCCAGAUCAGAGAUGAGCUUGGUGAUAGCCUUGUCGAUGGUAGCAGUGGAAAAUUCAACAAGCUGAAGGCUCGGCGCUAUAGUUCAUAUUGGAACUGGGCCCGGCAGGAUGCACUUGAGUGGAUUUACAGUACUAUCGUUGGUGGUGAAUCGACAGGCGACACACUAUCGCAGCGUGCAUUCAAUCUAGUGGAGCAAGUAUACAAGCAAUGCGAGAUAUCACUAAAGUCGCCGCCUGUGUACCGCGCGCUUUUUAGGUCACUGCGUCCUAGAACAACUGUCACUCACAAAGGAGAAAUAGUCUACACAGAAACACCGCGGGAGGAUGAGCCAUGUGUUUCAAAGUAUAUUGAGAACAUGCACAGCCCAGCCAAUGCACGGCAUUCAGACGACUGGACACGAAACUUCAGUAAAGACAACACCGGCGUGUUUUUCAAUUCGCUCAUGAACAUUUCAGAGACAGCACUUAUUACAGGCUGUGGCCAGGGGUCUAUUGGUUCUGGAGUCCUUGAAGCGCUGCUUUCUGGGGGAGCCAAAGUAAUCGCUACAACGUCUAAUUAUUGCCGGCGUACAACUCGGUAUUUUGAGGAUAUUUACCGCAGGUUUGGUGCUCGAGGAUCAGAGCUUGUGCUGGUCCCAUUUAACCAAGGGUCAUCAUUAGACGUCAAAGCUUUGGAUGAGCUUGGAUGGGACCUUGAUUACAUCCGGGGGCGUGAUCUAGCCAAUAUCGACUCUCACAGUGAGCUGGCAAUGCGAGUCUCCCUGACAAACCUGUUCAGGUUAUUGGGUGAGCGCAACCUCCAGCUAUCACCAACCUUGGUCGUACUGCCACACUCUUCUAACUAUGGGGUGGUAGGAAAUGAUGGGCUUUACAGCAUUGCAAAAAUUGGUCUCCAGACGCUGUACCGGCGUUGGUAUGCCGAAGAUUGGGGAAAAUAUCUGCUACUCACAGGAGCAGAUAUUGGCUGGGUUAGAAAUACAAACAUGACAUCCGAUGGAGCAAUCAUAUACGAAGACAUAGAGCGGGUCUGCCGGACAUUUUCACGUGAGGAGAUGUCACUCAACCUCAUUGCACUUCUAAGCACUCCCAUGGCUAGGUUGGCAGCAGAAGCACCAGUGUUUGGUAAUUUCAACGGUGGGACGGCAAGCACCAUGGACGCACAAGCACAGAUGAUGCUGGCAAGAAACAGGAUUGAUGCUGAAUCUUCGCUUAAAAAGGCGAUUCUUUCCAAACUUGUUCUUGAUGGUAACGUCGAAGGUGCAGGGAAUUCAGGAAGUUUCUUUUCUCGUGACCAGACAGUACCACUCGCGAACCACCGGUAUGAAUACCCACCGGUAAAGCCAUACGAGCAACUGGGCCACUUGCGCUAUUUGCAAGUAGUCAUUGUUUCCGGAUUUGGCGAGGUUGGCCCAUUUGGGAAUUCGGCGCUACGAUGGGAGAUGGAAGCAUAUGGCGAAUUCUCGCUGGAAGGAUGCAUUGAGCUGGCCUGGAUAAUGGGCCUCAUCAAGCACUUUUCUGCGCAUCAUCCGCUCCUCGGAAAACACUAUAUUGGGUGGCCAGCACAGUAUGAGCAGUAUAUACUGGACCAUUGUGGUAUCCGUGUGGUUGAACCAGAGCUGCAUGAUGGGUAUGAUCCAAACAAAAAGUCAAUGAUGCGCGAGCUACAAAUAGCUCAUGAUUUGGAGCCGUUUGAGACAACAGCAGAAGAAGCUGCCAAUUUCAAGCUGGGCAGUGGUGACAAGGUCGAUGUGUGGGAGAAUUCGGACGGUUCAUGGUCGGUAAUGCUCCGCAAGGGUACCGCAUUAAGAUUCGACAGAUAUGUUGCUGCACAGUUGCCUACUGGCUGGGAUCCAACACGGUUUGGGAUUCCUGAGGCUAUGCUUGAGCAUAUCGAUCCAGUUACCAGUUACGCACUAGUAGCAACUAUGGAAUCACUGAUUCGCUCAGGUAUCGCCGACCCAUAUGAGAUUUACCAAUAUCUCCAUAACAUUUUCCGUGGCCGUUGGAUGGACAAAGGCACACAUGUUGAGACUGGUGUUGAGGCAACAACCAACUGUAUUUCCGCAUGGAUAAACAUGAUGCUUUUGUCGGCAGCCGGAUCGUUGAAGCCACCUGUUGGAGCCUCGGCAAAAGCCAAAAUCAUGAUUGUUGGCGCAUCAGAUUCAUUUGCCGAGGAUUCAGCUUAUGAAUUUGGUCAGCUUGGCGCAACAGCUAGUGCUGAAAGCGAUGCUAGGUGCGGCCGCGAGCCUACUGAAAUGUCACGUCCGUGCACAGCGACUAGGGGCGGAUUCAUAGAAGGUUAUGGUUCAGGGAUUGCAGUCUUGAUGUCAGCUUCGGUCGCACUAGAGAUGGGUGCACCAGUGUAUGGCAUACUAGCGUUAUCUUCAAUGGCAACAGACAAGGCUGGUCGUAAUUUGACCGCUCCUGGCCAAGGACUAAUGACGGUUGCGCGUGAACAGCAUUCAGAACUUCCACCAGUACUUGAUUUUGGCUACCGGCGUCGCAUGCUUAGUCGACAGCUCAGCUCCAUCAAUGAGUGGAGGAUGGAGGAAAUUGAGCGGGUUAGGUGUGCCAAUUCUAGCAAGGAGAAUAAGUCACAAGGGGAUAUCGAUUUGGAUACUCUUCACCAGCAACGCGAGGCUCUCAAUGCUUGUGGUAAUGACUUUUGGAAGGGUAACCCGCAUGUAUCACCAUUGCGUGGCGCCUUGGCUACCUGGGGGUUGGAUAUCGAUUCCAUAUCAGUCGCUACUUUCCAUGGGACAUCGACACAGCUGAAUGACCGAAACGAGUCCGACGUUGUCAACAAGCAAAUGCGGUAUCUGGGUCGCACCCCUGGGCUACCAAUACACGUUGUGUGUCAGAAAUGGUUGACAGGGCACUCGAAGGGCGUGGCAGCAAGCUGGAUGCUAAAUGGGUUGUUGAAGUCAAUGACCACUGGCAUUAUUCCAGGCAACGCAAAUGCCGAUGACAUCGACUCUGAAUUCGAAAAAUUCGAAUACCUGGUCUAUCCAAACCGCUCAAUACGUGUUCCUCACGUAAAAGCUGGGCUGCUAACAUCGUUUGGGUUUGGUCAAGUUGGAGGGGAGAUAGUGGUCAUUCACCCAGAUUACCUGUUUGCCACCCAGACAAAGGAGGAUUUGGAGAUGUACAAGGGAAAGGUAGAGCGAAGGCAGAAAAAUCCAUAUCGCUAUCUGCAUGACACGUUCGUGGAAAAUCACACAUUCAUUCAGCCUAAAGAAACGCCGCCAUUCACCCCUGAGCAAGAGCUUGGCGUAUAUCUAGAUCCUCUUGCGCGCACACGGUAUGACCGAGCUACGGGCAAAUAUUGUUUUUAAAAUGACUGUAGAACUCGUUGAGUAGCUUUAAUACACUUCAUUUUUAGCGUAAAAAUUGGUCUAACUCAUGUCAAGCCAUCUCCUAAGUAAAAUAUCUGUGAAACGAUGUGAGAACGAGACAAGUUUAUACCCUCAGCAAAAAUGUUACUGCAAUGAAGUGAGGUUUCUCUAAUAACAUCCAAUGUUGGGUUGGUGAACUUGCACAAGACUAGGAAGACUUAUCCGUCACUGAGAUAGCUUGAGGGAUUUACAUGGUAAUAGC